AAAGAAAAUCCAAUGAACCGAUUUUCAGCCACUCGCAAAUUCUUCUGAUAACAUCAAAUACAUACCACCUAGAAUUCCCAUUUUGAUGGCCGGAAUCUGAACGACAAGGUCUUUGAAAUGGCUUCCAUAUCCACGUGUUUCACUGUAACGGCCAAGUCCCACUCUAUCCCAUUGUCUUCUUCCAAAUCCCCCUUCCUCGUCAAACCCAUUUGUCAAUUCCACUCUUUGAGGCCACAUGCUUUGAAUUUUAUCAAGAACAAUCCAUGUUUAUCACCCAAGAUUCGCCAAAGCAACAGGAGUGGCAUCUGGGUUCAUAGUCUUGUUGUCAGGGCGAGUGUUGAUGCUGCCGCCGCCGCAAUCAAGCCAGGAGGAGCAGUGGAGAGCGAUAAGCUGCCGGCAGAUGUGCGGAAGCGGGCCAUGGACGCCGUCGACGUGUGCGGAAGGAGGGUCACGAUUGGGGACGUGGCGAGCAAAGCUGGGCUCAAGGUGAACGAAGCCCAGAAAGCUUUGCAGGCACUUGCUGCUGAUACCGAUGGCUUUUUGGAGGUAUCUGAUGAAGGUGAUAUUCUUUAUGUUUUUCCAAAAGAUUAUCGGUCAAAGCUUGCAGCCAAGUCUUUUAGGAUGAAAAUUGAACCUUUUCUUGAAAAGGCUAAGUCAACCGCGGAAUAUUUAGUGAGGGUGUCCUUUGGAACAGCACUAAUAGCUUCAAUUGUGAUUGUCUAUACUGCAAUUAUUGCUCUCCUUUCAAGUAGAAGUGAUGAAGACAACCGUGGGAGACGUGGAGGCAGAUCAUAUGAUUCUGGUUUCGCAUUUUACUUAUCCCCAUCUGAUUUGUUUUGGUAUUGGGAUCCAUAUUACUAUAGGAGGCAAAGAAUACGGGCAGAUGGAGAUGGGAUGAACUUCAUUGAAUCUGUUUUCUCAUUUGUGUUUGGAGAUGGUGAUCCAAAUCAAGGUAUUGAAGAAAAGCGGUGGAAGUUGAUUGGAGAAUAUAUAGCAUCAAAUGGCGGUGUUGUCACAGCUGAAGAACUUGCUCCCUAUCUUGAUUUAGACACUAGAAAAGAAACGGGUGAUGACUCAUUCAUCCUGCCUGUGCUUUUACGUUUUGAUGGUCAGCCAGAAGUAGAUGAUGAGGGAAAUAUUCUCUACCGAUUUCCAUCACUACAACGAACAGCUUCCCCACAGAGGAAUGCAAGGAGGGAAUAUGUUGGGAGAAAAUGGGCUGAUUGGAUGGAAGGGGUUGAGAAGUUUUUUAAGGAGAAAGAAUGGCAAUUCAGUAAAACUAGUACGUCUGAGAGGGCAAUGGUCAUUGGACUGGGAGGACUUAAUUUCUUUGGGGUCAUUGUACUGGGUACCAUGCUGAAGAAUACUGGAACUGUACCAAGUGGAUUUCUUACAUUUGUUUCUGACAUAUUUCCUUUACUUCAGAUAUAUGCUGCUUCUUUUUUUGCAAUUCCUUUCGUCCGCUGGGUUUUCAUUCGCAAUAGAAAUGCUGAAAUAGAGAAGAGGAAUCUUUCAAGGGAACAGCGUGCUCGAGCACUUGAAUUGCCAGACCUUUCUUUGAGGCGGAAGCUGCUGAGUGCUCGGGACAUGUCCCAGAGAACGGUCAUCGGACAGGACAGGAUUGUCUAUAGUACUGACAAGGACUUAUUCGAUCAGGACUACGAAGCACGAGAGUGGGAUCGGAGAUUCAAAGAGAUUGAGAAGUCCGAAUGAGAGGAUAUGACUUCAUCAUGUCCUUUCAUUACUUAUAUCUUGGCUUCAACUGGUACAGAGGCAGAGAGAGCUGUAUUAUGGAUUGUGCUUGCCUUGGAGAGAGAGAGAGAUAAAGAGAGGGAAAUGUAUCAGUGUUGAUAUUUUCCCACCAUUUAUUAUUAUCUUUCAACACGAGGACACUGGGGGAAGAUGGCAGACUGGCAGUAAUAGCUGUGUAUAUGAUGAGCAUUGUCCAUAUAGGGUCCCUGGUCCCAAAAAUGAAGGGCAUUCAGUAAUUUUUGAUUCUGCUAUGUAGCAAGCCAAUUGCAGAAGCUCUAUAAUAACCCUCAUAAUGUUGUCAAAACAUGCACUUUGUGAUGAAAGGUGGGAAUAUUUCACGUUC